GAUGUUCUCCAAUGUCACUGUCAUCUGUAAUGCGACCGUCAAUGUGACUGCUUGCUCCUACAGCACCCUUGAGGGGUGGGCUUACAGUCUGGUGUUUCUCCUCGGUCUCCUCAUCAAUAGUGCGGCUCUGUGGGCCUUCAUCGCCAAACGAGCCUCCUGGACUGACUGCCACAUCUACAUGCUGAAUUUGGUUGUGGCUGACUUUGCCCUCAUCAUUUUCCUUCCCUUCAGGAUUUAUGAUGCCUUCUUCUGUCUACCUAAAACAUUUCUCUGCACCUUCCUACUUUUCACUCACUACAUCAACAUGUAUGCCAGCAUCCUGACCACGACAGCCAUCAGCGUCCACCGCUAUCUGACCAUCAGGUUCCCUCUGCAGGCUAGAUCAUGGAGGAAGAAGAAAAUGGCAGCGGUGGCCAUAUGUUUACCCAUCUGGGUGAUUCUGGUCUCAGCUGUUGUAGUUUUUCGAAAAGAAAACUAUCCUGACAAGCUCUGGACAUGCUAUGAAAGAUGCAAAGAUGCUCCUCUGCAUCCACCGUUUACAAUAGCCCUGGUAUGUCUAGGCUACCUGGCUCCUCUGAUGAUAAUCGUGUUCUGUUCCAGUCGAACCAUCUGUAUCUUGGUGAAAGAGCAAAAUGAGUCAGAGGAAAAGAAAAGAAUUGUUGAGAUAGUUAAAGCAAACCUGAUUGUUUUUCUUGUCUGCUACACACCGUUACACUUUGCCUUUGUGAUCAACUUAUUCUACGAAGUACCGUCAAACUGGAUGUAUGAAUAUUUACCCUCUCAUAGGUUUUUACAAGUGUCUGAGUGGAUUGCUUCCACAAACUGCGUCUUAGACUCUAUAAGUUUCUACUUCUUAUUGAAAAAGUUUUAUAUAUAAAUCAACGACAGCAUAAUGAAGCAGUCCUAUGGUAUUGCCUACAGUGUGUAUAUCGGUGUCUUGGCUUUUUUUUUUUUUAAUAGUGACUUGCAUACUGUUAAGUUCUUAAAAGUUGCUUGAAAGGAAAGGAUUCUUAGAAACACUGACCACCAAAUUUUGGUUUGCUAGUAGAGGCUCAGAUUUAUUUAUUUUUUUAUUGAAAACGCUCUAGUUUCAGCUGCUUUUGUAUGUGCUAAAAAACAGGCUUAUAGCGGACUAUGCUUUUGCUGUAGCAGCUCCUAAGUUGUGUAUCUUCUCUUGGUUAUCAGACAGGCCUAUUCACUUUUCUGCCCGUAACUGCAUUAGACCCAUCA